AAACAUCCGUUAUUGCUAUUUGAGAGACAUGCAUUAGGAUAAAUGUGAAGAAUAACAAAUCCCCUCCGCCUGGGAGCCAGAAUCUGACAAGACUUGAAUUACUGGAACAUUGCUCACUCACUCCAGUAUGUAACUGGGAACCGUCCCUAGAAGCCACUAGCAGCUCAGCUGAGAGGGAGAGAAGACGCUACGCACUAUUGUCAUGGAUAACAAAGCCUUUGACUGCUACCAGUGUAAGAAAUCCCUUUAUGGUCAAAAAUAUACAGUGAGAGAGGACAAUCCAUAUUGUGUCAAAUGCUUUGAAAGCAUUUUUGCAAAUAAAUGUGAAGGAUGUAAAAAUCCAAUUGAAUGUGAUUCCAAGGACCUUACCUAUAAAGACAGUCACUGGCAUGAAGCUUGCUUUAAAUGUGCCAAGUGCACUUGUUCUUUGGUGGAGAAGCCUUUUGCUGCCAAGGAUGAGCUCCUGCUAUGUAUUGACUGCUACUCAAAUGAGUAUUCUGCAAAGUGUUUUAAGUGCAAUGCCUCCAUAAUGCCUGGUUCUCGUAAAAUUGAGUACAAAGGCUGCAACUUCCAUGAGACUUGCUUUGUAUGUCAAGGUUGCCAGCAGCCUUUAGCAUCCAAGUCAUUUGUGCCGAAGCACUCUAGCCUGUAUUGUAUUCCUUGCUAUGAGAAUGAAUUUGCACAGCAGUGUGCUGCCUGCAAAAAGGCGAUCACCAAGGACGGAAUAGCUUUCGAAGGAAAGCCUUUUCACAAUCAGUGCUUUUUAUGUACCGGAUGUAGGAAGACACUGGCUGGAGAGAAGUUUACAUCAAAGGAUGAUAGUCCAUACUGCAUGGAUUGCUUCACUAAUCUUUUUGCACAAAAAUGCGCUGCUUGUGCAAAACCCAUCACAGGUCAAGGAGGCGGCCAGUACAUCUCGUUUGAGGAUUGCCAGUGGCACAGCGACUGCUUCGCCUGUUCAAAAUGCAAAGCCUCCCUUGUUGGCCAAAGAUUCCUCUCGGAGCAAAGCCAAGUAUUCUGCACCGAGUGUGGCCAGGACAUGUAGAUGGAUAUGUCCGAGUGCAACAUUUCAUGGGGCAUUUCAUAUUUUUACAUGUCGCUAAAAAAAAUGUUUUGCACUGAAUGCUUAAUGUAUUUAAUGUGAACCUACGCUUGUGGGCAACACAUCAACUGCGUGGAGCACUGAAAAGUAAUGCAAUUAUUAUCAAUACAUAUUACACAACUAUUUUUGUUAUUUUUGCUGCCCACUCUUGGUUGCCUCAUAGUUUUUAAUAGUGCCGACCUUCCAGAGUAGGUGACAUUUUUAUCCUACAUGCUCUAUGUGUGCACAGUGUGGGCCGCGCACUAGAUCAUAUACAAGGAGAAUAAUGGUAUGGGAAAGGCAAGUGAUUGCCUUAGUGGUCACUGUAAAGUCUGGUUUUUCUGAUCAAAUACAGUAUGCUAGAGGGAAAAAAGCCAUGUCUCAUCUUUUUUAAUUACCUUCCUACAGUGAAAGCAGAUAUUUUGUGAACUUUAUGUAGUAAUUAGUGUUGAGCGAAUCUGAAUUUAGGGGAAAAUUCAAUUAGCUGUGAAGCUGAAUUUCCUCGUGCUUCGUGGUAGUGAAUCGAUUUUCCCUGAAAUGUUGUAAAAAGCA